AUGUUGCUCGCACGUCUUCUCCUGCUGCCAUUUGCGGUCGCAUCGACCGUAACGCUAUAUGUGUCCUCCGUUCCAGUCUCUGGAGGCACUGCCGUUAUUCCGUCAGCAAUUCCCCUUGCGCAGAUCGAGUACGACGCAGACCAGGCCGUUGGCACAUUAGCCUCCUACACACCGCCGACGGGCUCAUACUCUGAUGACCACCUCCUUCGCGUUGGCCUGACCGACCCAAAGACUGGAUCUUGGCGGGGUGUCGUCACGUCAGCUUCGAGCUUCGCGGACCAGUACCACAAGAAGUUCAUCGUCCACGUUGAUGAGAAGGGCGAGCCGUACCACAUAGGCUUUGGAACAAGCGCAAAGGGUGCUGGAAAGGAAGUUGAGGUCGAGGUUGUGAAGAGGAGUCCGGGUUCCAAGCCAGUGCUGAACAGGCCAAUUGUGCUGAAUGCGGAGGGCAAACUGGAAACCAAGGAGCCGGAGAAGACAUUCUUGCAGAAGUACUGGUGGGCGCUCGCACUCUUCAUUGUCGUUCAGCUUGUAUCUGGCGGAGGGGAGGGCAAAUAG